CGAUUCCUCAUCGACACCCCAUUUCCAAUUUUCCAUUCCCUUAUUCACUUUCACAUCGAGAAUCAAAACCAACCAUGGCGAAAUCCGCGUCUUCCCUAUUGCAGAAGCUGAAGGGUUUCAUCAAGAAGCCAUGGGAGAUAACCGGACCCGUUUCCCACCCGGACUACAAAUCAGCAUUACCCGGAGCACUCGAGUACCGUGUUUAUUGCCCCGCCACCGAAAAAGAACGGGCUAUUAUUCCAACUUCCCUCCCCGAAACCGUGUACGACAUCAAGUACUAUACUCGUGAUCAACGCCGUAACCGUCCUCCCUCUGUCCGCACCAUCUUCAAGAAAGCCGAUAUCGAGAAACUCAGGAAGGAAGCUACCUAUGACGUCGCCGAUUUUCCCCCAAUUUAUCCUAACGUUGCUGUUGAGGAGGAUUUGGAUGCUCGCGGCGGCGGAUAUCAAGCAUAGGUUUGUGCUAUCAUGGGAUUAUUACAUUAUUGACCCUGCCAGAUUUCUGUUUGUGUCAUGGAAAGGUCUGAAGAGUCUGUGCACAGACCUGUAGUGAUUGUCUAUUUUGAAAGGGUGUUAGCAUUUUGUAUCAAUAAUAAAGGGUUACUAACUGCAUUAAGUUUAACUACCUGUGUACUUACUGUGAACAUUGGAUCAGGAAGUAAAUUGCCUUAUUGUUUUUA